AGAUGGCAGGAAAUACUUUUAGGAUUUCAUGACUAAACCAAACACGCUGUUUGGAGUCUAGCGUCAGCUAAAAACUAGUGUGAUGUGUGGAUAAAUCCUAACGAUGUUUUGGAUCAGUUAACCCUGGCGGAUUUUCCUGGGCUAGGCUAGCUAACUGUAGUGAUUUAUUCCCUUUUUCUGGCCUUACAGGCGAAUGCGACGCGGUCUCAAAUACACCUCGACGAUUACUGCAAGCGUUAACCACGGACUGGUGGAGAGUUUAACCUAUAAACCAGCGGCGGGGUCUCCUCCUGCACGAUGAGUGGUGAUGAUCUGAACCCAGCUGCAGUGCCUCAGCCAGUCGAGGAUCGACAGGGUGAUGGACGGUGGAUGUCACAGCAUACAAGAUUUAUGCAGGAGUGCAAAGAUGGCGAACCAGAGGUUCUUUUUGUAGGUGACUCAAUGGUGCAACUAAUGAAGCAGUAUGAGAUCUGGAAGGAGAUGUUCUCUCCUCUUCAUGCACUUAAUUUUGGUCUAGCCGGUGACACCACCUGCAAUGUGCUGUGGAGGCUGCAGAACGGCGAGCUGGAGAACAUCCGCCCAAAGGUGGUGGUUUUGUGGGUGGGAACCAACAAUCACGACCACACAGCAGAGCAGGUUGCAGGAGGAAUUGUUGCCAUUGCACAACUACUCACUAACCGCCUCCCCAAAGCUAAGAUUGUUGUCCUGGGUUUGUUACCCCGCGGAGAGCAGCCCAACCCGCUGAGGGAGAAGAACGCCGCAGUCAACAGGCUCCUGCGCUCCUGGCUGCCACGGCUGGGCCAGACUCUGUUCUUGGACGUGAGCAACGAAUUCAUCCACUCCGACGGGACCAUCAGCUCCCAGGACAUGUUUGACUACCUCCACCUGACGCCAGCAGGCUACAACACCCUGGCCAAGCCUCUCAGCGACCUGCUACUUCAGAUACUAGAGGAGACGCCCGAGGAGAGAAGGGCGUCGCUGGUUUAAGGGCUGAAAUGUCCGACAUAGACACUGAUUUCACUAGGAAGCUGUAAGUUCAAAUCACUGCAGCCACAGAUGGAAUAAAACCAUUGUACAAUGUCCGACAUUGAGCCGUAGUUCUGAAUGUAAAUCUAAAUCUGGAAAAAUGAAGGAAAAAUAUCUUUUAAUUUUUCGUUGCCUCAUCUUUGACUGUUUUGAUGAGCAAACUGAGCGAUCCGAAGUAAAGCCUAUCCAGUCACUUGGAAAGCUGCAGACCUUCUUUCAGGUUUACGUUCUGUUGUAAAUUUCUUGGUGUCUAAAAACGGAUCAGAAACACCACUAACCCGUACAGUUGCAAUACAAAACGUAUGUACUGUGGUAUAUGUAUAGUUCUGGAUCUGUUAAAAGGAAACAAUCCGCAUGAAAUUAAAGCAAAAGCAUAAAUAUUUUUUUUUGCCUUUUAAAGCUCACAGUAGUUGUGUUUUAUCAUUUGACCCUGGAGAAAGAAGUGUUCAAACGCAGCACCAGCAAUCCAAAACUAAAUCACACCGACGACGAGCGUUUGUCAGCUCCUGUAAAGAAUUGGGAAAAAGCUGGAUUUGAACGUUCAUCAGAAUGUCUCUCUGCUUUACUCCUGGUCAGACGGGAUGCUAGCACAGCAGCAUGUGUGCUAAAGCGAACCUCGACUGGGUCGUUAGAAAUUAAACACACACAGCCUACUGGUAUCUGGCAAACUCCCAUAUUAGUGACACGAUGGCAUUCAGUCUUCCAAACACCGUCUGUGAAAUGUGAAGCUUCUUUCCCAUUCAGCACAUUGAUUUACAUCGUAUUCACAAAGUUAAAUAGUAAGUUAACAUCUUUGUAAGUGUGUUUAAAAGCAGUAUGGGCACAGAUCUAAAUGUACUGCUUGCUCUUACCAAAAAAAAAAGAAAACCAGUAUGUAUGUAGUCGUUGCUACUGUUGUUUUCCUUGUGUUGUGCGUUUCUUCCUCCUGUGUGCAGUUUGUUUGACAUAUAGACAUGUGCUGGUUUCAUAAUUCUGAGUGAAACUAUUUAAUUGUUCCACAAAUGAGAAGAGGAAAAAAAGGGAAAUAGUUAUUAUCCACACAAAAUGACCAAUUAUUACAACUAUACUACAACGUUUCUGUUGUUCUGAUGCAUAAAAAUGUAGACUACCCACUAAAUUUUGGGUUUUUCAGAAUACUACAUCUUUUCACUUCUCUGCACUUUGAAGAGUAAAUUAAGAAUAAUAAACUGAUAUUGGGUGCUUAGUAUGGCUAUCUGCUCCACCACAGACUCCAGUCAGCUGCUCAGCAUUCUCUUGGUGCAAAUGUUUUCCAAAUUAGUUUUUCUUUUUCCUAAUGGUUGACUGAGUCUUUCAGCCAGCUGACCAGCAGUGGGACGAGCUUGUACCACAAUAUAGUCCAUAAAGCACAUUCUCUGGAGCCUCUUUAGAAAGACUUUCAACCACAGGAUCGGUUAGAUGGAAUUGGUCGUUUUGAUAGGUUUUUAAAAUCCUGGUGCACCUAGACGUUGGCAUCCGGCUCAUGCCUUGAUGUUUGUUUCAACAUAUUUUACUAAUACACACAAAUAUUUGUCUUUCUCUUUGUUUUUUUUUCCCCAGUUAGAUUUCUUCAGUUGAUUUGUUUGUUCCUGACGCACAUGUAACUGACCUCCUGCGACCUGCUCAUUGUGUUGUUGCUAACAAGUGAUUUUUAGGCAAAAGGUUGAACUAUAUUCGAUAAGAUCACUCUAAACGCUAAAAGUAAUCACAAGUAAAAAAAAAAAAACAAACAUACAGAAUAAUUUGUCUGUGAGCUAAUGCUGCGGCUCCUGUUGCACAUCGAGUUAUCCGGCAUUACUGCUGUCGUACGCACUUGCACAUGUGUGUGUGUUGCAUGUAAAUAGUCUGUGUGUGUGCCUUAAGUAUGUACAGUGAGUCUGGUGCUGGUUUGUGUGUGUAGAAAGGAACCUUGUUGCGUUUARGAGAUKGAAAGGGAUYGUCAGAUCGUCAGUCUGUAUGAUGGGAUAUUUGCUCUCUUAUGGCUUGUUGUCAUGUUACUGAAUUAAAAUAUUCCAAUAAAGAGCAAUCCAACCUUG